CAAUACAACUUGUACAAUUUAAGACCGGUGAGGACCACUGAUUCAAUAGACUUAUCUCUGUUUUUUCCCAUUCCAGCCUUCCUGAUGUACUUCUUCAUGAUCAGCUACUUCGCCUGGCUGAACACGGUGAUGGCCAACGUCUGGAAGUUGACAGUCGCACGGCGGUGGAAAAUCCGAGAGAAGGCAUGGUACGUCCUGAACCACAUUUACGCACACACGGUGGCGCUCACCUUGACGGUCAUGGUCUACAUCUACCACAUGCGGAAUCCGACGUUCGGAGAAAUAUCCUGCUGGUUCCGGACGGAACGAGAGCAGUCCUACUUCGUCUAUCUGCCAUUGAGUGUCAUGCUUAGUAUCAACAUUUUCCUUUUCGUGUGGACCAGCUAUCAUCUGCAUGCCAGCGGCGAUGACAUUAGCCCGGAUCGAAAGAAAGCACUCCGAUACAAAUGCAUGCUCUACUUGAAGCUAUUCCUGCUGGCUGGGCUUAUUUGGAUUUUCGAAAUCAUCUCUUUCCACGUGGAAGACGGACGCCUCCAUCGGUCCUGGUUCUGGUUUUUGAUAGAUUCCAUCAACUGCCUGCACGGGGUGCUGAUAUUCUUCGUGCUGAUCGUGUGGCGGCAACGCAUCAAGCGGGAACUAUCCGGACGUAAAGUGCUCUGCUUCCGAUGUCCGGCCAGUUGGGCACAGCUCAAAGAUGACGAACAGGAACAACUGGCGGAAGAAGGUCGGGACUAUGGAAAGUAUGACUUGAUCAUCAAGUGAAGGGAACAAUAAUACCAGAGGUGGAACCGGAUUGAGGUUUCCCCGAAGGCAACGAGUGGCAGCAUAACCGUCUAGCAACUAAGCGUAACAACAGAAGAUUAACAACAAGCUUAACAUGCGAACAGUGACUUACGAGAAGGUACUUCAUCAAUUUAAGGAUUAGUUAGAUGUUUAAUCAGUACGUAGCAGAUACUGUAAGAAAAUAGCUGUUAAAAGUUUGUAGGAUAGCGAUCAUUAGCUUCCAAGCUUUACUGUCAUAUUGUUGAUAAUCAGCAGAAUCGCAUUAGGUUAAGUUGAAGUCUAAGAGAAUGUUUAAUAAACACAGUGAAAUCAAAUGUUGAACUAACACAAAUGCAUGGAUUUUAAUAAACGUAACUGAAUUAAUUAUAA